AUGACGGUGAAAGCUGAAGAGAACACGGGGAGGCGCCGAGUUUACGUGGCGGUAGAUGGCGAGGCGCCACGGCCGUGCCGCGUCAAGAGGCGCCGGAGAGGACCCCCGGCCCCUUUGGUUCCGCCCAGUUGCGACGACAGCCAGGCCCAGCAGCCGCAACAAGGGGACCAGAUGUCUUCGGCCGCCGCUGUGAAGAGGAGUUCGAGAUUUCGCGGCGUGAGCAGGCAUAGAUGGACUGGCAGAUAUGAAGCUCACCUGUGGGACAAGCUCUCCUGGAAUGUGACCCAGAGAAAAAAAGGAAAGCAGGUUUACCUAGGUGCUUUUGAUGAAGAAGAAGCCGCCGCGAGAGCAUACGACUUAGCCGCGCUCAAGUAUUGGGGGAUAUCGACUUUUACCAACUUCCCGGUACGCAUGACUCGAGAAAAGAAUCGAUACCUUUCCCAUGAAACUAUGGGAGAUAAAGCAUCUCUUCUGAAUAAGCCUAUUAAUCAUCUGCAGAUAUCAGAUUAUGAGAAUGAGAUAGAGAUAAUGCACAGUAUGACAAAGGAGGAAUAUCUGGCUUCAUUGAGAAGGUGAGAUCUAACUAUCAAGCAAAGCAAUAACCAUCUCAAUGACAUUUGAGAAUUAGCCUUCCCUGACUAACAUCUUCCGGGUUAUCUUUUCAACAGGAAAAGCAGCGGCUUCUCUA